UACAAAAUAAAUGGAAGAUUCAAUCAAUAUCAACAGGUUGUGAAAUUGUGUGUGAUAUGACUAAGGGCAAAAAAUGGAAACUAGCAAACAUCUUAUGCUGUUAGGCUACAACCUACAACCCAGCGAUGAAGAGGCAUCGCUGGAACGGAUACAGGCUGCCGGUAUAUCGAAUAGUGACUACCGCCAUUUGGUGCACUGGUUGACAUGUGCUAUCAAACAAUAUACGCCAGGAAUCGACGAAAGUGUGUCUUCGGUGGAUGAUUUGCACAGCUUCGCUAUGGAGCUAUCUUCGUUUCUGAAGGAAUUAGGCUGCCCCUAUCACAGAUUACUGGACGGACCCGUCAGUGCCAGGUAUCGUUCGGAGGCAGAUUCCACACUGCUAGUAGAUUUUCUGACAGGAGAAUGUAUGACCGGAGUAAUUACUCAGCAGAUCCGAAACGAAGAAAAGAAACACCAAAUCAGUCUAAGUCAGACACUUGAUACACCGUCAAACACAAUGAAGCAACUAUUUCAAACGUUACUGCCUGACGUGCACUGCAACGGAACAGAAACCACUAUUCCUAAAGCUUUUGAUCAGAUGGCUAAACAACUGGACUCCACAACCCAUCCUAUUCCCGAGUUGCUAUUCCGACCAUCGGCCAAUCUAAGCAACGACCAAUGGAUGCAACUAAGUCAGUGCAACUCAGAUUUGCAGGAGGAAUACAACCUCCGCAGGAAGUUAAUGAUAACUCGUUUGGAUGUAACAAUGUGGGGCUUUCAGUGGAAGGCAAACACAAAGCUGGAUGUGGGGCAAAUUUGGCGACAAAAGAAACGCUACCUCAGUACGCUGGAAGCAAGUUUGAAUCAAACAGAUAUUGCAGAUUUGUUGGUAGCUGAUCAAAAUCUUCUAACGGUUGAGAAGAUUGUUUCAACACGAAUACAGGGCAGAAGGAAGAACGUAUUCCAAGGAAAUUUGAUUUUGCCACAUCGCGGAGGUGUCGUUAGCAUCGAUACGAAACCACACAUGCCGUCAUGGUCAUCGCGAGAAGAAGGCCAGCCUAGUGAAAAUCUGCGUAGAAAGCAAUCGAAAGAGACUAAACCCAACCCCAGCAACAACCAACAGAGAACGGGGGAAAAAUCCAAGAAAAAACAUCGCAAGGACAGUGGUGAUAUAGAAGAAAACCCGCAUCAAACUAAAGAUGAUUCUUACUCAAAUAUGGGGAAACCAGGGUUCUCGCCUAGAGGUGGUGGCGGCGGUGGCGGAGGCCGCGGUGGUUUUGGUGGUCGAGGAGGUGGCGGUGGACGUGGUGGAAGCGGUGGUGGUCGAGGUGGUUUUGGUGGCCGCGGCGGUGGUGGUGGUCGUGGCGGUUUCGGUGGCCGUGGCGGACCUGGUGGACGUGGAGGCGGUGGGGGCCGUGGUCGUGGUGGCCCUCGGGGAGGUGGUCGUGGAGGAGGAGCAAAAGGCGGUGGUUUCAAGGGAGGCAAAACAGUUGUCAUCGAACCUCAUCGUCAUGAGGGAGUUUUCAUCGCUAGAGGAAAGGAGGACGCGCUGGUCACAUUGAAUCUGGUCCCCGGAUCGGAAGUGUAUGGCGAAAAACGUAUAUCGGUUGAGACCGAUGGGGAAAAGAACGAAUACAGAGUUUGGAAUCCAUUCCGAUCGAAACUGGCGGCCGCUGUUCUCGGAGGAGUUGACAAAAUUCACAUGCCACCAGGCUCAAAAGUUUUAUAUCUCGGUGCGGCUUCCGGUACAACGGUUUCGCAUGUUUCAGACGUCGUAGGACCAGAAGGACUAGUCUAUGCCGUAGAGUUUUCGCAUCGAUCGGGACGUGAUUUAAUAAAUGUAGCCAAAAAGCGGACUAAUAUCAUUCCGAUCAUUGAAGACGCUCGUCAUCCUCACAAAUACCGGAUGUUGGUUGGUCUGGUCGACACCAUUUUCGCCGACGUUGCCCAACCCGAUCAGGCUCGAAUCGUCGCCUUGAAUGCUCAUCAGUUUUUGAAGAACGGAGGCCAUUUUGUUAUUUCAAUCAAGGCAUCCUGCAUCGAUUCGACUGCCGUUCCGGAAGCAGUGUUCGCUGCGGAAGUCAAAAAGUUGCAAUCGGAAAAACUAAAACCCCAGGAGCAGAUUACUCUGGAACCAUACGAACGUGACCAUGCAGUUGUCGUGGGAGUUUAUAGGCAAGCUCCCAAAAGUACGGCGUAAACAAAAUAAACUAAGAUUAAGUUUAAAUAUUAAUGUUACUGUAGAUUUAUUUUUUCUAAUAGAUAACGAUAGAACUUCCCAUAAUUAUCCAGAUUUAUGUCUUUUAUUACAUACAAUAAAACAUAUUUCCGUA